CGCCAAAGGUGGCAGAGCGGCAGCUGCGAUCCUUCAAACCGUGACGCCGCCAAGAAGCGACGCAGCCUCCCGCAGAUGGCAGCAGACACGUGCGGCAAAGAGCGGGAGUUGGCUCAGCUCAAGAAGCACGUCCGCUCUUUGCUGAUUUCGUCCAAAUCGGGCUUGCACCCCAACCAGCUGAAGCGGGACUACGUCAGCACGCUGGGACGUCCCAUGCCGCUGCAGUCGCUGGGCUUCAGCGACCUUCAGGAGAUGGCGGCGGCCAUGCCGGACGCGGUGUCGGUGAUCCGCGGCCGGGACGGCUCGACGGUUUUUAAAGGCGUGAGCGACCGCUCCACCGAACAUCUGGAGAUGCUGGUGUCCAAGCAGCGCGACGGGAAGAAAAAGUACGGUCGUCGUUUUCCAGUCCAGGUUUUAAGGCGACAGCUGCAAACGCCCCUCGCCGAGGAACGCCGUCGAAAUGAAAGGAAGACCCGCGAGGACUCUCCCGCGCCGCAGGAGAGCGCGGCGACGGCCGCUUCCGCCGAGGUGCGCCGCGGCCCCCCCGGAGCCCGUGACGUACGGGGCGUCGGGCCUCGGAAGCGGCUCGUCCGGGUGGAGCACGUCCAGUCCCCGGGGCGUUUCUACGUCCACUUCAUCGAGAGAGACGGGCAGCCGGCUUUCCAAGAAUUGAUGUUUGAGAUGAGGCGAUAUUACCACUCUCCCCAGGCGUCCGAGCGCUACCGACUCCCGCGCGAAUCGGUCCGACCGGAUCAAAUCUGUUGCGUCUGCCCCUUCGGCAUGUGGUUCUACCGGGUAGCGAUCGUGCGGGUGGUGAGCGACACUCAGGCGCGGGUCUACUUCGUGGAUUACGGCAACAGCGCCACGGUGCGCACCGCCGAACUGAAGUUCCUCAGGACGCGUUUCUGGCGUCUCCCGGUGCAAGCUUUCCGCUCAGCCCUCGCUGGAAUUAAACCAAAAACUGGCACUUGGACUCCAGAGGCCACGGCUUCCUUCCGGGAGCUGUGCUUCACUCGCGCGUUCGGGGCCAUCCUGGAACGUGACGCCGGAGACGUGCUGCAGCUCUACCUUUGCGACCCGACCGCAAGCGACGGCGUCUACAUCCAGGACGUGCUGCUGAGGCAGGGCCACGCCGUGGCGCGCGCCGCCGACGCCGAGGUGCACGCAGAGGACGGUCCGGUCCGGCGAAAGGAGCCCGAGUUUGAAGGAAGUUGCCGGCGGGCGGAAGACGACGAGAUGCCGGACUUGGAACCGAUCGUCGACGAGCAGCUCGGCCAUCAAAGUCAAGAGAGAUUCCCGACGACAAGUCCAUCAGGGGGUGACCGGGGAAGCCUUUAAGUUUCGAACACCCUGCAAAAAAUCCGGGACCGGCACAAAGGUUCUCGCGUCGCCCCCCCUCUUCAGGUGGUUUGGCAGCUCAGUUCCUCCGUUGGAAGGCACAAAAUAGUUUGUAGUUCAUAACUUUUCAAUUGUUUCAAAAAAAUAUGUAAUGUAGUUUCAAAAGUGUGUGUAUCAUAUAUAUGUAAAACAUUUUAUUUAAAGCACCGUUUUCCUUGUUUCUCUGUGUAUGUUCCGUAUCGGUCGAUUAUAAAAUGUAUUUUGGGUCUGCCUCAA